CAACUAAAUUACCAUAACAGAUGUUUGAAACACCAAUUAACCGUCAUUUUGACGAUCUGUUCCAUAAAACCUAUACGCUGGAGCUAACUCUAUCAUGGCUUUGAACCUCUUCCAUAAAGUUUUUAUAGUCGCGGUAGUAAUUGCUGUGGUGCAAGCUGAAGGACCUAAUGAUGGAUCUGCCAGUAAACCAGCUGACACUACUGACAAAACAGCUGAUUCUGCUGACAAAACAGCUGCCUCUACUGAUAAAAAUGGCGCUCUUACCAAGACCGAGUCGGGGGUCAACGCUGACCAUCUCAUGCCGGAUUUUGGGCCUCCACCUGAUAUGAUGAUUACUGCUAUGGAUAAACUUGGCCUGUCCAAGAGGGCGAGAGAGCCUCUCAAACCGAUCUACAUUCCGACCGACCUCACUGACGUACCCGACAAACAACUGAUCGCUUACAACCGCGCGUUGCACAACCAGAGGAGGCUGAUCCAGAACCGAAUGACGCGAUACGUCGUCUACAACGUACUCACAAUGAUCCUCCUACAGCUCUUCGGCUCGUCUUCCGGAAUGAAGGCAUUUGGAGCCACCUUCUAUUGGGUUAACAGUAGCUGGAGGCUUACUAUCAACGGAGACAUGGCGGUUCAUCAAAGACAGCUGAACGAGUAUAUCGUGGAAUACGCCCGAGUAAAAAAUAUAGACCUGACGAAACAGGAAACUAACUGGCGCUCGAACACUAAGGUCAUCAAGUUGUACGUGGACGAAAAACAGAAACACGGAGUCCUGUUCCCGUUCUACAUCACGAAGAAACGAAGCCCAAUUCCAGAUGGGGCGGACAUAAAACACUGGAUUCCGUUUGCGAGAAACUGGUUGUUAAAAUAAUUACACCGUAUUGUCAGAGAAAUAAAAUCUAUCUAUUGUUCACAUCUUGUGAACGAAUAAAUGUUUUGUUUUGUUCUCUUA